GUCAUCGAUCGUACCGGCACACCGAAUCUUGUGGAUCUUUUUGCUGACACUCGGCCGUUUCAUGCGCACUCGGAGUUGUUUCCUUCUCUGUUUUCCUCACCACUUUUGAAACCUCAUUUUUAUAAAGUUUGUUGAAAGAUACUGGUACUAGCUAGCUAGCUACCAAGAAGACAAUGAUGAAGCUCUCUCCUCUUUGUGUGGCCGUCGCCUUGAUCUCUGUCAGCAGCCUUGUGAAUGCUCAGUGUAGCACCACGGACAGUGGUGCUUGCAAGUGGGAACCAUUCAACCCAGUGGCUUGUGGACCUGACAGGGCUUGCUCCUACGACAAUUUCUGCUUGGCCCAGGAAAAUGGGUACGAUGUCAGCACUGACUGUUGCCAAGCACCUCAACCAUCCGGCUGCACCUUUGAGUUUGCCCCCGUCAUCUGUGGAGAUCUGCAGUGUGAAUACUCCAAUUCUUGUGUGGCCGGCCUAGCUGGGUACAACAGUGGCCAGUGUCAACCUGCCCCCCCUGAAUGUCCUACUGGAACUGCUGACUGCUCAGGAUCUCCCUCCAAUCCCUUCAAGUGUGGCCCUGCCAAAGACUGCCAAUAUGAUACCAUUUGCGACGCUGAAUCUGCAGGUUGGAAUUUGGAUGUGGAUUGCUGCCAAGAUGUUCGCACGGUUACCGCUUGUCCCGCCAUUUUGGCUCCAGUUUCUUGUGGACCGCCACACAAACAAUGUCCCUACAAUACCCAGUGCGAAGCUGACUCUGCCGGAUACAAUUCCAAUAUUUGCUGCCCUGCUCCCUUGGGAAAUUCCGUUUGUGCUGCCAUCUCGGAACCCGUCGAAUGUGGAGAUUUGCCUUGUUCAUACCCCAGUAUGUGCGUCGCCAUGGAUGCCGGAUUUUCCAACGAGGAGUGCUGCCCUGUACCACAAGGAGCCUGCACGCAGGAAAAUGCACCCGUCAAAUGUGGAACCUGUGAUUAUUCCAACCAAGGAUGCGCCGAUUUGGCCGGAUUCAGCAGCGACCAAUGCUGCAACCAACCGUUGGAUCCUACGGCAGUCUGCCCGAGCGAUUUCAAACCCGUUGCUUGCAGCACUGCCAACUGCAUCUACGAUAAUGAAUGCAUUGCCAGUGAGGCUGGAUUUGACCCCAACAGUUGCGUCGUUGUUCCUCAGUCGGCAGGCACAUCUGUUGCGGACGGGGACGCGGAUGAUGGUGCCGAAGAUGGAGCUGAUGAAUUGAUGCCUGUUACAAAUGCUACUGAUACCGACGGAGACGACACAGACGGAGACAAUGACACCGACGGAGACAAUGACACGGACGGAGACAAUGACACCGUUGGCGACAAUGACACUGACGGAGACAAUGACACUGAUGGAGAUUCGGACGGAGAUCGACAGCCUCUGCAGAGUUCCGGCGUGGACAUGCUGUCAUCGGCACUUGGCUCGUUCAUGGCUGUUGCAGGCUUCCUCUUCGCUUGAAUUUGACUUCCAACUUGAGUUUGCCUGACUUGGAAGAUUUGGCUGGCUGCUAAAUGGAAUGUGGUUGUGGCCUGUUGCCCGAACCGUACAAAAGGAAACGUAGUGUCCAAAAUGUUUUGUGUUGGAAUUUGAUUGCCGUAACACGCUAAGGCUCCUUAACAUCUCUUGCUUCGAACUUGGCUGACUGCGCAAUAGUUGAGCUGUCGCUAUAAACAAGCAACUGCAUCAAGGAAUGGGCUUGGUCUACCGACGUCGGAGACGAAAGGGCUACGUGCAAGGAGCACGAGUUCAGUCGUCCGGGUAUCUGCAGUUCAGUAUUUCUUGGCGCUUAUUUCUGUGGAGCUUCCGUGUUUGCUUGCAGCCCCUGGCGUUGCAACUACACGUGGUGCCCUAGUCUCUGUUUUCGUAUUCGAGCUUCCUUCCUUGAUUGGGCACUCUCCCCCCGCUAUCAGAUUCUAGCCAAUGAUUGGAGCGAUCAACGUCGCGAAUGCAUGCUCAUCCCUUUGCUUCACUCAGCACCCCCCGAGCCCCACGCAAAAUCAACCAUUGCCAGCCGUACGUUGACUUGAUUCGAUUCCACAACUGGUGCGCCAGAUUGAAGUCCACGACGAUGAAAGCAACAGGCACCAGCAACAUCACUGGCCUUCGUAGGAGGAACUAAAAGGGGAAGAUAUUACAGUUGUUGUCCGCAGACCUCUCUGCAUGGAGCUCCUUCCUGUCUUGAGCCCGGAAAUGAAACAAAAUGAGCACAAUGUUUCGUGAGACGUGGGACUGAGAACUCGAGUGUUCCUUGCGACACAAUUCAUUCUCCAUUUUCACAAGGGUGCUGUUGGCAAUUUCUGUGAGUCGCAGUUUCAGUUAAAUGACGUAUAACUGGAGUCUGAGUAUUCACGUAUUCACCACAGUACAGCAGCUCGGAGGCUUGAGGUCCCAGUAAAUAGUAGGUACACUGCAUGGGUAUGACAUACAUGUAUGAUGUAUGUAUCAUAUGCAUACGGUACUUCCGAUCAAUACUACUAGUACAAUGUCAUGUACGUUCAAAGCCCUGUACAGUUAACGCU